UUCCCCCCUAAACUCCAAAGAACUUCGACUCGUUCCCCUUCGCCAAAUCGAAUUCCCCAAAUCCACUCCGCGUUAGGGUUUCCCCGUUCUAGGGUUUCGUCUUUCUAAGGUUUCCGCGGCACAGCGGCGGCGGCGAUGUCGGGGAGGGGGAAGGGGGGGAAGGGAUUGGGGAAGGGCGGGGCGAAGCGCCACCGCAAGGUUCUCCGCGACAACAUCCAGGGGAUCACGAAGCCCGCGAUCCGGCGCCUGGCGCGGCGCGGCGGCGUGAAGCGCAUCAGCGGCCUCAUCUACGAGGAGACCCGCGGCGUGCUCAAGAUCUUCCUCGAGAACGUCAUCCGCGACGCCGUCACCUACACCGAGCACGCCCGCCGCAAGACCGUCACCGCCAUGGACGUCGUCUACGCCCUCAAGCGCCAGGGCCGCACCCUCUACGGCUUCGGCGGGUGAGAACGAGACAGGUGCCCCUCUCUAGGGCUAGGGCUAGGGUUAGGGUUAGGGUUUCUAUCUUCAGGGCCAGGUUGUUGGUUUUGUUGGUUUGGGAUGUAAAAUUUGAUCUUGGAAUGAAAAAGGGGUUGGAUCUUUUAUAGUGUUUCUGCUGCAUCAGCUACUCUGAAAUUUCUAAUCUUGUUAUUGGUUUAAGAAUCAAGAGUGGGUGAAGAGUUUAUAGUAGUUUGAUGAUUUGUGAUGAUAAUAUGAAGUUGCUUUGGUGAUGAUUUGGUCUUAUAUUGGUUUAUUAGAUAUUGAAGAGGAAUGUAAAUUUCUGAAGCUGUGGUUGGUAAUGUAAGUAAAUCUUUUUGCAUGUUAAAGAUGCAUCAGAGAUUAUAGUUCAA